AAAUAAUCAAUUAAUAAAUGGCGGAUAUACUUGUGCGCAGGUUUCAGAUCAUUCAAGAACAGAGGAUUCAAACUUUUCAUCAACUUGGUUGCAAAGAUAUUGACGGCGCAUGAGGGUUAGGCCCGAGUGAUAGGAAUAACCCGAUCUGCAAUGUCAUCAGGUUACACAGAUGAUAGAUAAAACAAAUGAAGUUCACAAAGAGUUUCUACUGUUUGCUCCGAAUUACGAAGAUGGGUUUGAUGGAUUCAAAAAGAAUGUUAGCGAGGUGACAGACAAGUUCAAAGAUAUAUCUAAAGAAAUUAUUGAAAUCAAGAAAAAACUGGACACCCACCAUUCAGAUACUAACCUUGGAAACCUGAUCGGCAGAGUGCAGGAACUGGAAGAAAAGAAACUUCAAACUGUAGUUGAUCUUCAGCUAGCGGUCCAGCAGGCUUUGGAUAAUCCUGGAGAUGAUCUUUGUGAAAAAAAUGCCCGGCUCAUUAGGGUAGGUCUAACAAAGUUGUGUGAGGAUAUCAAUGAGUUAUUAACUGAGAUUAGAUAUGAAGCUGUUGACAUAGAUCCACCAGCAUAGAACAUAUUUUCAACAUCUGGAACUGUUGACAUAGAUCAACCAGCAUAGAACAUAUUUUCUACAUCUGGAACCGUUGACAUAGAUCAAGCAGCAUUGAACAUAUUUUUUUCAUCUGGAACUAUUGUCAUAUAUUCACCAGCAUAGAACAUUUUUUUAAUGAUGGGACUAAAGCGUUAAACACCCCUGGAACCGUUGACAUAGAUCAAGCAGCAUAGAACAUAUUUUUUUCAUCUGGAACUAUUGUCAUAAAUUCACCAGCAUAGAACAUUUUGUUAAUGAUGGGACUAAAGCGUUUAACACCCCUGUAAUCAAGAAUACAACAUUUGUAAAUUAUUAAACAAACAAUGUGAUUAAAUACCGUUUUUAGUUUAUAUUCAAAAUACAAACAUCAAGUACU